AUGGUGCAAAAACUUAUUUCAACUAUUCUUGUUGUGAUCGUUGCUGUUUCAUGCGUUACCGCGGCACCAAUAGGCAAAAGAGGUGACUGGUGGGCUGGUAACUCCGGUUGUGAAGCCAGUUUAAAUAAUGUCGGUUGCGGUAACGCCGGAACAGGAAAUGUCGGUAACAAUAAUGGCGGCAGUGAUAACGUUGGAAAUGUGAAUGGUACAGGUAAUUCGGGCAAAAACAACGGAAACAACAAUAUAGGGAGCUAUAAUGGAUCUUAUAACGGUGUCGGAAGCACUGACGCAGCGAGUGGUAGCAAUAACGGAAACAGUAACAUUGGUAGUUAUAAUGGCUCGUGGAACGGUUCAAACAAUGGCGGCGGAACUAAUAAUGGAAGCAACAACGGAAACGGUAAUAUUGGUAGCUGGCUUGGAUCGUUAAACGGUAAUAAUAAUCAAGGUGAUUACAACGGAAAUAAUAGUGGAAAUCACAAUGGACCAGUCUGA